AUGGGUAUCGCAGGUGUCCUCAAAAAGGUCGUUCGCAAUGACGCGAUGAAGACUGACCCCGAAGAGAUCUACAACUGGCGCGUCUUUGCAGUCGUUGCAGGUUCAUGCUUUGGAGGUAUGCUGUUCGGUUGGGACACUGGAGCUAUUGGUGGUGUGCUUGCCAUGAAGGCUACCCAGGAGCGCUUCAACUAUACUGCUGCGGCCAAGACCACACUCGAUCAAAACAUUGUUUCAACCCUCCAGGCUGGUUGUUUUGCUGCUUGUUUCUUCACUUCGUAUUUCACCGAGAGAUUUGGUCGACGCUGGUGUCUUAUUGGAACUGGUACAAUCACAACUAUCGGUGUUAUUCUCCAGGCCGCCUCUACCGCUCAGGGAUCUCUCCCCAUCAUGUAUGUCGGACGUUUCGUCGCCGGUCUGGGUGUUGGAGCAGCUUCGUCUUUGGUCCCUCUGUAUGUGUCUGAGUGUGCGCCUCGAGCCAUUCGUGGUGGCUUGACCUCUUUCUACCAGCUGUUUAUUGUUACCGGUGUCAUGCUUUCUUUCUGGAUCAACUAUGGCGCUCUUCUCCACCUCAGUGCCCCUACUGUCUAUGCUCUGCCUCUUGCCCUCCAGGCUCUCCCUGCCGUGCUCUUGAUCGCCUGCAUGUUGGCUGCACCUGAAAGCCCUCGAUGGUGCGCUCGCAAGGAUGACUGGGAACGAGCCAAGUCUAUCUUGAUCAGUCUCCGACAGCUUCCCGAAACUCACGAAUAUGUCCAGAACGAACUGCAGGAGAUGUCCGCACAGCUAGAGGCUGAGAAGCGACUUACAGGCAACGCCUCUGCCAGCACUCUUUGGAAGGAACUUGUCACCAUUCCUGGCAACCGAAAGCGAGCUAUUAUAUCUGUUUUGCUCAUGGUGUGUGUCAACGCUGUCAACUACUACGCUCCUCAAAUCUUCCAGUCUCUCGGUAUGACCGGCACCACCGUCUCGCUUUUUGCUACCGGUGUCUACGGUAUCAUCAAGGUUUUAGGAUGUGCUACUUUCCUCAUCUUCUGUGCCGAUUCUCUUGGUCGACGCCGCAGUCUCCUGUGGACAAGUGCUGCUCAAUUCCUCGCCAUGUACAUCAUUGGUAUUUACGGCCGCGUUGAGCCCCCUGUUGCUGGCGCAGGUAUUUCUGCUUUCGGUUAUGUUGCCAUCGUCUGCAUUUACCUCUGGGCUGCUUUCUUCCAAUUCGGUUGGGGACCUUGCUGUUGGAUUCUUGUCUCCGAGAUUCCUACUGCCCGUCUCCGAGCCCUAAACGUCGCCAUCGCUGCUGCUACCCAGUGGCUCUUCAACUUUAUUGUCGCCCGAACUGUGCUCACCAUGCAGAAGACCAUGGGACCUGCCGGUUACGGUAUGUUUUUCAUGUUUGGUACCUUUGAUCUUCUCAUGGGUAUCUUUGUGUGGUUCUUUGUUCCUGAGACCAAGGGUCUUAGCUUGGAGCAGAUGGACGAGCUUUUUGGUGUCGCUGACAUCCAGGGCAAGCUUGACGCCGAGGGCCCCGAGGGAGCCCGCACUCCUAGCAUCCGUGAAGAGGUGGCCCAUAUCAAGAGCACAAAGAGCUAA